GCUUGACCAUUUUAUCAGCAUCGGAGGAAAUGGGCCACUGAUGAAAUAGGCACUGCCUUGGCAUCUAAAUCAUUUUUGUAAGAUAAACACUACCAUCAAAGCAUCCAAAAGCGUUUUCUAUUGUCUCAUGUAAUUUUAAACAUCAAAACUAAAGUCUUAAAAUGCCGAGCAACAAGAUGGACAAAUCUGACAAGCCGGAGGUCAUGGACAACGUCAAAGUGGUUGUGCGAUGUCGCCCGCUGAACCAGAAGGAGAGGAGUAUGGGCCACAAGCAGGCCGUCAGUGUGGAUGAGAACCGAGGAACCAUAACCGUCAACAAAUUAGAGACUACCCACGAACCCCCCAAGACCUUCACGUUUGACACCGUGUUCGGACCAGACAGCAAACAGCUGGACGUUUACAAUCUGACAGCCCGCCCCAUCAUAGACUCAGUAUUGGAGGGUUACAAUGGGACUAUCUUUGCGUACGGACAGACAGGGACAGGAAAGACGUUCACCAUGGAGGGAGUGAGGGCAGUGCCAGAGCUCAGAGGAAUAAUCCCCAACUCCUUUGCUCAUGUGUUCGGGCACAUCGCCAAAGCAGAGGGGGACACCCGGUUCUUAGUUCGCGUGUCUUAUCUGGAGAUUUACAAUGAAGAAGUGAGGGACCUGCUGGGGAAGGACCAGAUGCAGAGGCUGGAGGUGAAGGAGAGGCCAGAUGUCGGUGUUUACAUCAAGGACCUGUCUGGUUAUGUGGUGAACAACGCUGAUGACAUGGACAGGAUUAUGACAAUGGGGCACAAGAACCGCUCGGUUGGCUCCACCAACAUGAAUGAACACAGCUCUCGCUCUCAUGCCAUCUUCACCAUCACCAUCGAGUGCAGUGAGAAGGGUGUGGAUGGAGACCAGCACGUACGCAUGGGAAAACUCCACUUAGUGGAUCUGGCGGGUUCUGAGCGUCAGGGGAAGACGGGAGCGACUGGCCAGCGGCUGAAAGAGGCCACUAAGAUCAACCUAUCUCUGUCCACGCUGGGUAACGUCAUCUCAGCCCUGGUGGACGGGAAGAGCACCCACGUCCCCUACAGGAACUCUAAACUCACCCGCCUGCUGCAGGACUCACUGGGGGGAAACUCCAAGACCAUGAUGUGUGCGAACAUCGGCCCAGCGGACUAUAACUACGACGAGACCAUCAGCACGCUGCGUUACGCCAACCGGGCCAAGAACAUCAAGAACAAAGCCCGGAUCAAUGAAGACCCCAAGGAUGCCCUGCUACGGCAGUUCCAGAAGGAGAUCGAAGACCUUAAGAAGAAACUCCAAGAAGGGGAAGAGAUCUCCGGGUCGGAGGGCAGUGGAUCAGAAGAGAUGGAUGAAGGAGAUGACGAGGGAAGAGAAGGAGGAGAGGGACGAAGGAAACGGAGAGGCAGUGGCAGCAGCAUCAGUAGCUCAGACUCCUCUAUAGAGGCACAGACCACUGAGGAGAAACCCAAGGCUCAGACUAGGAAGAAGAAGAAGGUUUCUCCUGACAAGAUGGUGGAGAUGCAGGCGAAAAUCGAGGAGGAGAGGAAGGAGCUAGAAGCCAAGCUGGACAUGGAGGAGGAGGAGAGGAACAAGGCCAGGGCAGAACUGGAGAAGAGAGAGAAGGAUCUGCUCAAAGCGCAGCAGGAGCAUCACCUGCUGCUGGAGAAGCUGUCAGCCCUGGAGAAGAAGGUGAUCGUAGGAGGAGUGGACCUCCUGGCCAAGGCUGAGGAGCAGGAGAAACUACUGCAGGAGUCUAACAAUGAGUUAGAGGAGAGACGCAGGAGGGCUGAGCAGCUCCGCAGAGAGCUAGAGGAGAAGGAGGCGGAGCGUCUGGACAUUGAGGAGAAGUACACCAGUCUGCAGGAGGAGGCUCAGGGGAAGACCAAGAAGCUGAAGAAAGUCUGGACCAUGCUGAUGGCUGCCAAGUCAGAGAUGGCCGACCUGCAGCAGGAGCAUCACCGGGAGAUCGAGGGCCUGCUGGAGAAUAUCCGCCACCUCAGCAGAGAGCUACGACUGCAGAUGCUCAUCAUAGACAACUUCAUCCCACAGGAAUACCAGGAGAUGAUCGAGAACUACGUACAGUGGAAUGAGGACAUUGGGGAAUGGCAGCUGAAGUGUGUAGCGUACACUGGUAACAACAUGAGAAAACAGACCCCCGUGCCGGACAAGAAAGACAAAGAUCCGUUUGAGGUGGACCUGUCUCAUGUGUACUUGGCCUACACAGAGGAGAGUAUGAGACAGUCACUGAUGAAGCUGGAGAGGCCCAGGUCCUCCAAGAGUAGUAGACCCAAGACUGGACGAAGGAAAAGAUCAACGAAGCCCGAGGCUGUGAUGGAAUCCCUGCUGCAGUGAGAGAGACAGGGAGAGAGCCAAUCAGGGCUGGAGCCCCAUGUACUGCAAUGUAUCUACACUACUAUACCUUAGAGUCAACAACGGCAGUCAGUCAAUAGUCCAGCCUGAAGAUCUUUAUUGUUGAACGUCGUCAUUUCAAAAUAUGUUAUCUUAAUACACUGUAUAGUAAGGUUCUACAUGUGAAUGGAGAGGAGACGUUGGGUUAUUGGUCGGUGAGGGAAGGAGGGAGCAGCCACUGUACUGUAGGAUUUGGGCCUUGUCCUUUUAACUGGGGGUUAAUGGCCAAGUCGAAGGGACCUUGUGUUGUAAUAAACGGAGACUUGUUGAGGAUAAUCAGCUUAACGUUGAGUCUUAAUGUAGCCAUCGAGCACAGUUCAGGUGGCAACACACUGAUUUCAUCCCAAAUGGCACCCUAUUCCCUUUUUAGGGCACUACUUUUGACCAUGGCUCAUACGGUGUCCCAUGGGGCUCUGGUCAAAAGUAGUGCACUUUAAAAGGGAAUAGGGUGCCAUUUGGGACACAGAGAGAUGAGUCUAUGAUGAGCACAAGCCAUGGUUUGUGACCAUGUAAUCAUCUGCCAAGACAACGACGACAACAACAGUCUUGUGUUAUUUGAGAUGAAGACGCCACCACUUCUAAUGGCAGGACAUCAUUAGGAUACAUCUGAUACCCUUCAACAUAGUCAAAAUCAAAAACAGUUCUAGAAAUGAUUCAUAUCUAUACUACAGGUUCACUUAUUUCAAGGAUCACACUUAUGGAAGUCUAAAAUGUACUUUAAACUUAGUUUCCUCCUUUAUGUCUGAAUGAUAGGACGUGCAUGACAUACCGCUUCUAUAGACGGGCUGGUUGUUGAGCAACAAUACCGACGAGUGAGCAACUAUAGGGUUAACUAUAUUUAGUCUCCAAAUGUUCUUUGAAAACAUAAAUACAUUUGCACAAUGAGCGCUUGUCUCUAAAAUACAUCAUUAACAGUUGUUGGUUAGCUAGCAAAUUUCAGCCAUAUUAGCAUAGAUGUGACAUCAGUCAAAACAAGACAUGUUGUUAAUAAGAAGAUGCAACGAGCUGAAACCAGCCUCCUACGAUUCCCCACAUGGCAGCUUCUUGUCAUUGUUGCUAGCUAUCUGACCGUUCAGAAUCAUUACGCCACACGAACUUCUGCCUUAUCGACGUGCGUGUCGUUUUCGUGACGUUGUCAGCUAACCCGUCUAUAUAGUAGUACCAUUCACCCAUUAAACACUAACUCAUUUAUUACGCUUUUAUUUCUUCAUUCUCAUGUCAUCGUUUAUGGUGCAUUUUAGUGGAAGUAAAGUGUCUUUAUUUUGUAUUAUACUGUAUGUCAAAUGUUUACAUCUACUGAGCCCCCCUGUAUCUCUUAAUAAUUUAUUAAAUUAUUGGACAUGUUUAAUCUCA